AUGCUCCCGGGACCAGAACGGGAGAAUGUUAACCACGGCGGCAAAGUUAUCAUGCCUCCAAGUGCGCUCGACAAGCUUACAAGGCUUCACAUCACAUAUCCGAUGCUAUUCGAGAUAAACAACGGGCAACGAGAUCGGAUGACUCAUGCCGGCGUUCUGGAAUUUAUUGCGGAAGAAGGCAAAAUAUAUCUCCCUUUUUGGCUUAUGCAAACCCUCCUCCUCGAACCUGGAGAUUUCGUACAAGUAAAGUCAACCGACCUUCCUCCAGGCCGAUACAUCAAACUCCAAGCCCAGUCAACUUCCUUCCUCGACAUUAGUGACCCCAAAGCUGUUCUAGAAAAUGCGUUCCGAAAUUUCUCAUGUCUCACCAAAGGCGACAUUUUCACCUUCUCAUAUAAUGACCAGAUAUACGAAAUGGCUGUGCUCGAAACGAAACCUCAACAUUCCAAGAAUGCUAUAUCGGUAUUGGAAACUGAUCUUGAAGUAGACUUCGCCACGCCUGUUGGAUAUGAGGAGCCGAAACGUUCAAGUGGUGCUAGUACUCCACAAAGUGCAGGCGCCCGGGGCCUCCCCGCUGGUGGAGUAUUACAUUCCCAUGGUACGAUGGCCCAGUCGAUAAAUUACGCUGCUAUUGCUCCUGAGUCAACAGACGCAGCAAAGGGUGCUAAAGCCGUUUUCUCCAACUUCCUUCUUGGUGGCCAACGAUUGAACGCUAAAAAAGGGAGCAAGGGCCAGACCCCCAAGGCAUCCACUCCAGUUGACGCCAUAUCUCCAAAUGCUCCACAACUACCGCUCCCCAAUCAGCGAACGAAGGCACCUCAACCACUCCGCUUACCACCUGGGAAGCUAUUUUUUGGCUAUGCACUUAAUCCAGUACAUAAGCGAGAUGCCAAGGAUAAAGUGGAGGAAGACGGGGGGCCAAAAUUUCAAGGCGUUGGCCAAACAUUACGCGGUGGUACAAAAAGGAAAGGGGCCGCGAUUGGAGGAUCAGCUACCCCCGUAUCUGGCCAUGAUUACGAGAGCAAGGUGAAGUCUGGCGAUAGAGAUCCGAAAGGAAGGGGUCCAGGUCGAACGCUUUGGGGGACAUAG